AUGGAAACGUGGGUUGAGCAAAAAAAAUGGAACAAGAUAAAGAGGAAGCUACCGAAAGGAUUUACUUGGAAAUGUCAAGCAGCCAAAAGGAAAAACAGGAAAGGAAGGGCUAUGGGAGGAAUUAUCACGGGAGUUAGGGAAGGGAUAGAGGAAGUAGGGGAAGGAGGCGAGAAAUCAGAAAUAGAUGGGAUGGUACAAAGAGUAGUCAGGCUGGAGGAUAAGACGUGGAGGAUCGCUACAGUAUAUAUAAGAGGAGAUAUGGAAGAGAAGUUAAAGAAGAUAGUGGAAAGGAUGGAAGAGGGGAACAACCUGGGGGAGUAUAUACUGCUUGGAGGAGACUUCAACGCGAGGACAGGUACCGAUGGCGGAAUGGCAGGAGAACUAGAAGAGGAGAAGGAGAGAGGUUCCAAAGACAAGAAAGUAAACAAAGAAGGAAGGAUCUUACUAAAAGUGAUGGAGGAGGAAGGAUGGGGAAUAAUGAACGGGAAAAAGCCGGGAGAUGAGGAGGGAGAGUGGACGUACUCCGGGGGCGGAGGGGAAUCAGUGAUAGACUAUGUAAUAGGUAAUAACGAGGCAUGGGGGGAAGUGAAAGAACUGAAAGUGGAGGAAAGAGUGGAGUCGGAUCACUAUCCGCUCAGAGUUAUAAUAGAAAGAGAGGAGAUUGGAGGUAUAGGAAAAAGAGGACGGAAGGAGACAAUAAAAAAGAUGGACUGGUCAGAGAAGGGAAGAAAUAUAUUCAACAAGAAGAUGGAUGAACUUCGCAUAGAAGAGAAUGAGGUAGAAACGAUGUACGAAGAGCUCGAAAAGGCAGCGAUGAAAUCAGUGCGAUGGAAAGAAAUGAAAUUGGGCAGAGGAGAGUGGGGGAGAUCAUGGUGGUGGGAUGAUGAGUGUAAGCUGAAGAAGAGUGAGGUAAGAAGAGUUUUGAGGAAGUGGAGGAAAGGAGAAAUGGAGGGCAAAGACUACAGGAAGACGAGGAAUGACUACAAGAGAUUAUGCGAGAGGAAGAAGGAAAUAGGAAGGGAGAGACUGAUGGAGGAAGCUGAGGCGGCGAAAACGGAAAAAGACGUAUGGAGUAUAGUAAAUAGGGAGAGAAGAAAGAAGAGAGGGAUAAACGAAAGCAUAAGCAUGAAGGAAUGGAAAGAGUACUUUGAGAGGUUACUGGAGGGUGACAAGGGGAAUAUAAGGCGAAGCACAACAGAGGAGAGAGAGAUAACGGAAGGAGAAAAGAUAGAGAGACUAGAAAUUAGUCAAAUAAUAAGAGGACUGAAAAAAGGAAAAGCGGCAGGAAGGGAUGGAUUGGUGAACGAAAUGUGGAUCUUUGGGGGAGAAAGAACAGAGGAAGUGAGUGAUAUGGAGGAUUUGUGA